CUUGUCUCAUCAGUACAUCAGUCAGUUCAGUAUAGAUUUUUAUUCCACUUCGUUUGAAGACAAAAUAAAACAAUUUCCGAUUUAACUAAAAUAUAUUUGAUUUCAUUUAAAAGCCAGUGUUUUGAAAUGAAGGAAGAUUUACUACUCAGUGACCAGCAUUGAAAUCUUCUGUACAAAUGCUUUCAAAGAUUCUCCAUGUAACAUUGCAAAUCAUCUGUCCACUAUGCAGCAACUAGCAGCAUGGUACCAGAAAAAGAUCAGUUCUUACGACAAGGAAGAAUGGGAGACCAUGGUCGAGCAGUUGUUGAUGCGGGGCACUUACAGGCGCCGCAUCGUAGACUUCUCGAACCAUGCUCGCUCCUACCUCAUCGAUGUCGACUUGGUCAGAGGCUCAUCAUUUCCUAAAGCGAAGCCGACGCUGGGCAUGCGGCGCGUGGUGUGGUACGCGCUGGUGCGGCUGGUAUUCCUGCCGGGGCUCUACCAGUGGUGGGCGCAGCAGACUUCGCCCGCUUGCGCCAAGUUUUUGUUAGCGUUAUGGCUGAUGCAGGUGCUCAAUAUCUCCCUCUACUUCAUGACGCCGUUGGACAUAGAUGUCAACUGCUGGCUAGUUCCCAUGGGUCUGAUGUUGGUGCUGAGCGUGGUGCACUCGCAGAUAGUGAGCACUACGGAGAUGGAGCUGGCGAGAGUCCGGCCUCGCUCCACGUUUCGCAGGAAGUUGCCGCGUUAUUUCAGACGAACGCGAUCAGAUUGUGAAGGCGGAAGCGGCGGCGGGUCGGGCGAAAGCGGUGCUACAUCUAGUCAAAGCAAAGCUCCUACUUCUAAAUCAUCCAAGUUCAGGCGACGGCAAUCUCGAUCUGAUAUACCUGAAAGUGGACUUAGGAAACGUAAGAAAGAAUUAACAAAAGAAAAUUUAAUUAAAAACUUGGAAGCUCCUAAAAAUAAGCCCGUGAUCAAAACGAAAGUUAAAGAUUCAGACGAUGAGGAUUAUAUGGCCUGGAAGAAACCAGAUGCUACAGCUCCUAUAGUGACGUUCACACCUCCCCCUGACGACGCCACGCCUGGCUCCUCGCUGGCUUACAAGGCUAAUGUACUGACGAAAAAACAAUUAGACACUUUUAAUGUGAGACAAAAUCAAGUGAACGUAGCUAAAGCUAUAUUACCGGAUGGUGACGACGGGUUUGAAAGUCUCAAUGGUUACAACUCUAAUGGCAGUGAUGCAGACAAAGUCAAAGACGUCGAACAGAAAAAAGAUAUACUGGAAAAAAGUGCCGAAGAUGCUAAGCAAGCAAAGCCAAGUGAAGCUAGUAAUAUUAGUAAAGUAGAUAUGUAUGGUAUACACAAAAAGAAGGAAGAUGAUGAAAAAUCUGUCGAACUAGAAUCGGACGGCGGUGUUCCGACGAGCAGCCCAAAUUCAAGAAAACGGAUUCGAUUCAGGGGCUCCUGGGCCAAGGAUGGUAGGGAAACCAGUGAUGAAGAUUUUACUGCUCUUAAAAAAAAGAAUAAGAAAUUAGACAAUUACCAGUCAUCGUCAUCCGAUGGCGAGUGUUCGGCUUCGGCGCCGUCCAUCGCCUUACCAUCGCAUCAUACCAUGUCCGACUGGGUUGGCCAAACUACCAACAGUGAAGAAAGCAGUUACGAGUCUCAAUCAGAAGGCGGCCAUUCAGACGUCAGUUUUCACUAUGCCGCGGAUAGUUCCUGGGAUCCUUUCGCCUUGUUGGAUCCUUCCAGUGAUACAGUAAAAUGUACGAUGUGGGAGUGCGGCUCGACUCUCCGCGCGGAGCUGUCGGCCGUGGACAUCAGCUGGUAUGUGGUGGCGCGCGCUGAGCGGGCCAUGGCGGCCGGCGGCAGCCUGUGGCCCGCCGCGCUCAUGGCGGCGCUGGUGGCCUGCUUCGCGCCCCUCACCCGUCUGCUGCAGGUAGCGAUAGAACAAGACACAAGAGGUGAUGAGGAUCUACACACUCAAUCGAUAUGCACCUACAUUCCUGCUCUCAUCGUGGACUAUACUCAGAGCUCCAUAAUGAGAAUAUUGAUCGGCAUGUUUGGUGAUAAUUUGUGGGAGAUAUCAAUGAACCUACUAUCACUCCUGCUUCGCUUCGCACUCAGCGGCCUUGUAUUCUUCCUGCUCGCGGUCGCGGAGAGAGCGUUCAAACAACGAUUCUUGUACGCGAAACUAUUCUCACACUUGACGUCUGCCAGGCGAGCCCGGAAAUCUGAACUGCCGCACUUCAGGCUAAACACGGUCAGGAAUAUCAAGACCUGGCUCUCCACGAGGUCGUAUUUACGGCGCCGCGGUCCGCAGCGAUCGGUGGACGUCAUAGUUUCGGCAGCUUUCGUCAUUACGUUAACGUUACUGGCGUGUGUUAGCGCUCAAUUGCUUAGAGAGUCAGUGACAUUGGUACACGGGUGGCUUCUAGAGGCGCUAGUGUGGAGUAUCUGCCUGGGCAUUUGUUUGUUGCGACUGGUAACCCUGGGCAGUAAUGUGAAUCGCAAGUAUCGCGGAUGUCUGUCCGCCAUUUUGACGGAACAGAUCAACCUUCACCUGGCCAUUGAGCAGCGGCCUGAAAGCAAGGAACAACUGACUGUGGCGAACAAUGUCCUCAAGUUAGCGGCUGAUCUCUUGAAGGAAUUGGAUGCGCCAUUCAAGAUAUCGGGAAUAUGUGCCAAUCAUUAUUUAUACACUAUUACAAAGGUGGUAAUUUUGUCCGCGCUCUCGGGCGUCUUGUCCGAAAUGCUAGGCUUCAAACUGAAAUUGCAUAAAAUAAAGAUCAAGUAAUAUAUUUAUUUGUGGAGACCUAUUGCGAAAGCAGCCUAUUAGAUGCGCCGCAGUAAGAAUAUAUUUAUUUCGUUGACGAAUGGAGGGGCAGAAUAGUAUAUGAAUAUUGUGCCAGCUAGCUAGAUAAAACUAUGAUAUAUACCGGUCUCUUGUAGUUUCUUUCGAGAGUAGUAAGUUAAUUAUAUAUCCAUGUGCAAUUUAUUAAAAUUUAUAUUGUAACUGACCAUUUAUGCAGAAUGGCUUUUUAAUAAUAAAAUAUUUUUUAUUCGGAUGACCAAAGAUCCAAAUAAUGUUAGUAACAAACCUACACCUAGGUGUAGGCAGAGGGUAUUGAUAUUAAAGAUUUUUUAUCCAGAUAUAAUCUCUACCAAAUUAUAAUCUCUGAGCUAAGACGAUGUCUGAUAAUAAAAUAGUUUUUUUCCUAUUAAACACAAAUUGAUAUGCAAAUUGGACUUCGAAAAUGUUCUUUGUGGUAUUGUCCAUUCUAUAAACUUAUUGUUACAUUUUGCUUGGUAUUUAAAAAACCAUCCUAUAAAAAAGGUAUAUAAAGCGUGUAAAGACAUGUUGACUGACGUAUGUCUGACAAGUCACAAAUAGGUUGUCAUUGACUGACAAUGACUUAAAAUGAGAUCUGAAUGUAAAUUAUAUACCUAUACAAAUUAUAAUUAUAUAUUAAUAAUAAUAUGAAAUAAAUUUAUGUACUAGUUUUGUAGAUAGAUCUUGCCUUAUUUUUUACUGACUGUUUAUGCUAUGAAUAUUUUAGUAAUUGUUUUGUUAUUCUUAUUUACAUUAAAAGUCGACCGAAAUCCUUCAAUAUUUCAACCAAUCAGAAAUUGAGGUUUAUUAGCUUUUUCCCGCGGUUUCGCCCGCGGUUUCGCCCGCGUUUUUUUAAUUCCCUGUUAUAGUCAUAUGGGGAAAGAAUUUUGAAAAAUAAGUAGACUAUGUUUGAACUGAGGUCGUAAACUACAUGCAUACUAAAUUUCAUCAAAGAAAAUGGACCAUUGUGUUUCAUAACUAUUUGCCUUAUCCUAACCAAAAGUACCUAUUGAUAUUCUCAUGUAACAAAGACAGAUUACAAAGCUCAGUGUGCUAGCUGAUAAGCUUUAAGCAAAAAAUGAAAUUAUACGUUGGAAGUGUUUCUAAUCGAUUGAGCAUAUCUACAUAGCCAAUUAAUUUUAUCUGAUUAAAUCUUUUGAACGUAAUCUACACGGUUUUUUUUCUCUUUGUCAGUGCCGCAUAAUAUAAUUUAUACACGAUUAAUGCAAUAUCGAAAGGAACUUUUGUGCAAGCAAGUCACCAUAUGGUGUGUGUGUGGAAUUUAUAACACUACGCUAAACAGACUAAUUUUGAUCUCAUUGUUUUCGUACACAAUAUUAGGUGACGCCAGAUGCCAAUUCUGGUACAAGAUUUUUUUUAAUGAAUUGGUCUUAAAAUGACAAUUUGCAUUACUGUUGUGUUUAAACUAGAAGAACAAAGUAGACAUGAAUGCAAUCUUAUUUUACAGCGAAUAUUGUAAUGAUUAUUAAUCAAUUUUAUUUUUUAUAUGUAGAGUUAUUACGCAAACAUAGUAGACAAAUUCAACAUUUAAAAUAAUAUAUUUACCUUAUCUAGUAAAUGUUGUUACUAUGUGAUAUUUAAUCCAAUUUACUGUAUUGUAAUAAUGUUCCUAGUAUUAUUAGCAAUAACAUACGGUUUCAUAGUAGUAGUAAAAGUAAUUCUGGCCUUUGUCUAGACAAAAAUAAUGUUAUCUUCUAUCGCACUAUAAAUUACUUUUGAUAUGGAACUUUUUGUGCUUUGACGACCUCGGUGGCGCAGUGGUAAGGUUCUUACCACUGAACCGAGAGGUCCCGGGUUCGAUCCCCGGUCGGGUCAUGAUGGAAAAUGAUCUUUUACUGAUUGGCCCGGGUCUUGGAUGUUUAUCUAGAUAUGUAUUUGUUAUAAAAUAUAGUAUCGUUGAGUUAGUAUCCCAUAACACAAGUCUCGAACUUACUUUGGGGCUAGCUCAAUCUGUGUGAUUCGUUGUAAUAUAUAAUAUUUUCUUAACAAUACUUGGCUUAUAUAUAUUUUAAAAAAAUAUUUAAUGUCUGCAAAUUAUCAAUGUAACUACUUAAUUUUCAAUAUAUUAAUUUUUGCACAUAUUUUCAGUACUAGUAUUUGUACUAAUCGUGGCAUGAAUAUACCUAUUUAUAUAUUUGACGAGAAUUGAAAUAUUUAACGAGAUUUCACAUGUAAAAAUAUAACAAACACAGGGUGUCAAAAGCGUAUAAAGUAUCUCAUAAUUUUUAAGCAAUAAAAUCGGCACCAGUGUCUCAUCAGUAUUGAUGAUCUGCUAAAUUGCUAAAUCUAUGUAUAAUAGUUAAUGAUCAUGGUUUUGUAUUUAUUUUUACGAAUUUGGUGCUCCGUUUUUACUUAAUAUUAUGGCAGUUAUCAGUAAUGCCGUUUUUACGUUUUUUUUUUUAAUUUUGUGUUGGAUAUCAAUACUUAAGUUUAGUUAUAAGUAGCAUGAAAUGCAAGACUUAGUAAAAUAUUGACAAUCUA